AUGAGAGAGACGUUUGAGAAGCUCAACAAGAAGUACAACAACGGACUGGAGUGGAGCGAAGAUAUUGCCAGUGAAGCCUUACUGGAAUCAAAAUCACGAUCCACUGAGAGCCCUUAUCUGAUGCUCAGAGAAAGGAAGAUCUUCCAGAAGAGUGAUCCCAGAUCACUCGAAAUGAAAGUGUUCAUAACCCUCAGAACAGCCCUUUUCCGAGAAGGAUACCAAAUCCGCCGUCUACCCAACGGUACACAAUACGGAUGCGAUGGAAUUUUCGACACGAAAAGAGAGCACAACAAUCUAUUGUCCUUAGUGUGUCUCUAUGACAAUCACUGUGAACUGUUUCCAUGUUUGCUGUUUUAUCAAUAA